AGCUAGCUAGAACUAGUAGUAGAUAUAGCUAUUUGAGUUGAUUUAGCUAUCCUGCAAGAAGCAGACCCACCCACUUUUCGAGAAGCCACAUAGUGGAGGUGAGAUCAUGGCUUCAACAAGAGUGAAAGUACUAUUUCUCCUAAUAAUUCUGAUUAUUUGCAAUGCCCAAGAGCAACUGAUUCACGUCAAACCCGACAGCUGCCCACAAGAGUGCUCCUGUUCCUACCAGUUCCCCGACUGUCAGACUUUGUCUGAGUACGCACUCAAUACAAGUAGUUACCUCCCUUCCAAGUUUAUACUAAUUCCUGGUCAAUAUUAUCUCGAUUCAGACUUUUUAUUAAAUGGUACCAGUACUGAGAGCUUCUCUCUAAACGGAACUGAAAAUACCACCAUCUACUGUCGACAAAAAGCCACUUUAUCAUUCAAUGGUUUGACAAGCGUAACUAUUCAGAAUGUGGCCUUUGUUUCAUGCGGUGAAGGUGAUUUGCCUGGUAUCAGCUUGACCAACAUCAACACAGUGAAGAUGAUGGACAUCAGUGUAGCUAACACCACCUCUGGUGCUCUCUACAUUAAAGACAGCUUAAAUGUUGAGCUCACUAACCUCGUGAUUACCAAUAACAAAAACUCACUUGCUACGAUUGUCAGCAUACAAAACUCAGGAAAUACCACAUUAAAUGAUCUCAGCAUCUUUAACAACAGUAUUGGAGAAUAUGAUUCUGAGUGUGUCUACAGCAGCUUCCCUAAUGCAGAAGAGGUGGUGUUUAGAAUAGAUGGUGGUUUCCUAACAGCUGAGAGUAUUUAUGUGACUGAUAAUGUUGGACCGUUUGGUGUAAUGGCCUUGAGUAAUGUUGAGGCAGUUGUGAAUGGAGACUGGUCAUUUAAACGAAACCUUGUCUGUCUAGGUGGUUCAUUAUUCUUGAGUGAGGUGAACAUUGAAUUUUCUGGGAAUUUAUUCUCCAUUGAAAACAAAGAGAUUAAUGAAAAAUAUAAAUCCACUGCUGGACUAUAUUUCAAUAUCAGUCAGGUAAACAUAAAUGGGACGCUUGAAUCAAUUGCAAACGAAGGUUACAUCACAUCAAUUAAAUCUGUGGGCUCUAGUAUAUUUUUAAAGGAGGAAUCAGCUCUGCUGCUGAAUGGUAAUGUCAAUGGAUUUGAUGUGAUGUCACUGGCCGAAAGAUCAAAACUGAUCAUCAUCAACGGAACACUAACAGCUUGUAAUAACACAAUACGUCAAAGGCUUAUUCUAGUUGACACAUCUCAGUUGAUGGUCAAUGGUCGUAUAACGUUCAUCAACACUCCACUAGCCCCCUUAACUGGGUACAAUGCUAUUAUUCACUUGUACGGUCAGAUCCACUUUCAAGAUAAUGCUGGAAUAGUGUAUGCAGUGAAAUCCGAUUUGGAUAUAAAUGGCAACUCAACCUUUUAUCGCAACAAUGUUGAUGAUGGUUACAAAGAUGGUGCUCUUACCAUUGUACAAAGCACUUUAAAACUGGGUGGUAAUUACACGUUUCUUGAAAAUCUCUAUGACAAUGAAGACGGUGGUGCAAUAUACGCAACAAUUACAUCUACUGUUACAUUUAGCGGAAAUGGAACAUUUCUAAAUAACUCAGCAAAAAAUGGAGGGGCAAUUUUCAUUGAUCAAAAGUCUCGACUCGAACUCGACAAAGAAACUAAACUCCUGUUUAAUGGAAACUCUGCAGAAAAUGGAGGGGCCAUUUUCAUUGGAACAUCUGUCGACCAUGUUCAAUGUAUUAAUGAUCCGAACACGUGUUUGUUUCAUCCUAUCAACUCUGGAAAUCUUAACACUUCUCUCACAUUUGAAAACAACACAGCAUACCCUGGGGGCAGUGUUAUACACGUCAACUUUGAUAUCAUCAAUGAUUCAGAGAUCACGUAUCCAGCUUUGAAGGACUUGGGAGAAACAUUUAAAAUAGCUUCAGGAAAUUCAGUACCUACUCUUGCAUCUGAUAGCUAUUGGUUUUGUUUCUGUGAAAACGAUUCACGGAAAGGUUGUGCAAGAAAUGAUCCUCCAAUGAACAUAUCAGCAAUCAAAGGAAAACCAUUUUCUGUGAUGAUGAGGGCACUCAAGUUUUAUGGGAAUAUUAAUAUGUCAGAACCAGUUCGAAGGAAUUUACUGUCUGCACUAUUAUCGAUUAACACUGAUGACAAUACGAUAUCUUCUCUAACUACAGACGGGAGACUUCAAAGUGCUAGUCCUGAAAAAUGCAUGGAAGUCAGUUUUACUGUGAAAUCUGAGGCAGAUAUGGAAGUCCUUGUAUUGAAUGUGGGCGAGUCAUUUCUGGAUGGCAACAAAGCACUUUAUGUAAAUGUACAUUUCAACAAGUUGUGUCCAGAUGGUUUUCCAAGUGACGAACAAAAUUACAGCUGUGUCUGUGACGAAAAAAUCAGGAAUUUUCUACAAAGCUGUGAAAUAACAGACGAAAUAUUUCAGAAGAGAAUUGAAUUUCAAAGCUAUUGGAUGGCACCAGCAAAUCAAUCUAAAUAUCAAGGAGCAAUGAGUUGGUAUGAAAACUGUCCUAACAGAUACUGUAUUACAGACGGAAACUUCACUUUUUCAAAUGAUGAUAUUUGUGACAACAAUAGGUCUGGUGUACUGUGUGGAAGCUGCAAAGGAAACACUAGUUUAUUGCUUGGUGGAGAUGUUUGUGGGGACUGUUCAGAUAAUGCACACUUGGCGCUAUUGGUUGUUUUUGCAGUGGCUGGAAUACUAGUGGUUGCUCUAAUCUUCCUAUCGCAAAUGACAGUGGCUUCAGGAACUAUCAAUGGACUCAUCUUCUACGUCAACAUUUUGAAUAGUAAUCAGACCGUGUUCUUCCCAGAGGGAUUCUUCCCUGGCUAUACCAUCUUCAUAUCAUGGCUGAACCUAAAUUUCGGAAUCGAAACAUGUUUCUACGACGGCAUGAAUCAGAUUGCAUACAGUGGACUACAGUUCGUAUUCCCAGUCUACAUCUGGAUACUAGCAGGCCUGAUUGUUGUUCUAUGCCGAUACUCUGUACGGGUAUCGAAGUUUUUCAGUGCCAGCGACCCUGUAGCUGUUCUUGCUACCAUAAUCUUGUUGUCUUUCACCUCACUAGCUCAGAACAUCAUCAUCAUUUUCUACUAUUCGGCUAUCAAAAACCCUGGUAACAUGAGAACAGCAGUUUGGAGAUACGACGGAAACGUUGAGUAUGCUUCAGAGCAUCAUUUAACUCUUAUCAUAAUCGCAUCAGUGUUUCUCCUAUUGCUACUGACACCAUACACGCUUGUACUGUUCUCUGCACAGGUUUUGCAGAAAAGCGAUUACAUCUCGAAAAUCCUUCAACGAUUGAGAAUUCAGCCUUUCAUACACACAUACUUGAUCCCUUUCAAACCCAACCAUCGCUACUGGGCAGGACUUAGUCUCCUAAUGAGAGUCAUACUACUAAUUAUAUUUGCAUUCGGAUCCGGAGAAAAUCAGCUCAUAAACCUUCUCGCUAUUAUUACCACUUGUAUUGUUGCUAUAACUAUCUUCAAGGUGACUGGAGGAAUAUAUGACAAGAGUUGGAUUGACACACUGGAGAUGUCUUUCUUGGUGAACCUAGGUGUGCUUGCAGCAGCUACCUCAUAUUCUCUGAAUUCUUCAAUCCACAGGCAGAGAGAAAUUGCCACAUAUAUAUCGAUUUCGAUAGCACUACUAACUUUUAUCGGGAUUAUAAUUCUGCAUGUUUACUGGCGACUCAAGAAGCUGCCUAUGAUGAAGGAAAAGAUGGAAGCUUUUGCCAAAAAAAUGCGAGGAAUAAAAUUACACAAGAGACAAAAACUAAUUAUAAAUGAGCCGUCUGAAUUGGAGGCUAACAAAGUCACUAAGAGCGUGGCUGAACUGACCUCUGCAACUUAUCAAGUUGAUCUGAGAGAGCCAUUGCUAGAAAGCCAAAUACAUUGAGACUCUAUUGUCCCUAUAAAAAUCUUAUAACAUUGUUAGUACCAUGUACCAACAUGCAUUUUGUUUUGAUGUAAUGAGAAUCUGUCUUACUGAGUAGAAUCUACUCAGUAAGACAGAUUCUCAUUACGAUGUUAUCUUAGCUGCAUCUCUGCUCUAUUGUAAGCUUUAGACUUUUUUGUAUCGGUUUAGACGAAGCAUCAAUUUUGUUUACACCUUCAACUGCAUGUGUAAGUAGAUAUUAAUUUUGGCAUUCAUUUCACCAACUAAAAUGAAUAAACUUAGCAGUGACAUAUGCAUUCUUCUCACCAUAUAAAUAUCAUUAAUUAUGUCACAUGAUAGCUAAAACUAGUAUUAUGAUAGGAGAUACAUGUAGUUGAGAGUAAUUUACUAGCUACAUGAUCUACAUGUAGCUAUUAUAUUAGCCUGCAGAAACAGACCCACCCACUUUUGAAGAAGCCACAUAGUAGAGGUUUCAGUCUGGAAAGCCAAAUACAUUGAGACUCGAUCGUAAUUGCUGUCCAUUUUGUUGCAUAACAUUGUUAUAAUAGUUACCGUGUACCAACAUGCAUUUUGUUUUGAUGUGUGCUAGAGAUUCUGUUUUACUGAGUUGAUGCUAUCUUUGAUGAAAGCUCUUAGACUAUUGUUUAGACGAAAUAUCAAUAUUGUUUACAUUCAACUUGUGUGAGCA